AACAGAGACACAUGAGGCCCCGGUAACAGAGACACAUGGAGUAUUUCAUAAAGUUCCCACCGAUAAGACUUUCCGCUUUGGCUAUAAAUAAACAGCCCCAGUACAAGAACGUUACGCCGCUGUCUUGGGAAUCUUUUAGUCUGGACUUAAUCUUACAAAAUGUAUAAGGCAAUUAUUUGUGUUCUAGCUUGUGCCUUUGCCGGUGCAAUUGUGAGUAGGUGUCAAUGUAACUAUGUUUGGUUACAAGUCUAUGCGACUGUGUUUGGUUGCAGGUCUAUGCGACUGUGUUUGGUUACAAGUCUAUGCGACUGUGUUUGGUAGAGUAUAUAAUAUAUGUUUCUACCUUCUACAGCAGUACAUUUCCAUACAAACAAAUUGAUAGAUUACUUGACUAUCCUAGUAGAGUGUUUCCCAAACUUUCGACAUAUGUGUACCCUUGUCUAUAAUUUCUUAACACUGAGUAACCUUCGUUAAAACAUUGCACAUACUUUAACAACAAUAAAAGAAAUUAAUUUUUUCUUUGCAAUUCUUACCCCCACAAAUAAUCUUUACGUAGCCCCAGGUGUAAGCUUUGGAAAAUAUUGUCAUAGUAGAUGGAAGGCUGUGAAGAUUUCUUUCUAUUUUAUUUUCUGUAGUAUAUCAGCCAUAUGACGGACCUCUGUGGUAUAUCAGCCAUAUGACGGACCUCUGUGGCAUAUCAGCCAUGUAUAAUGAUUUUCUCUUACUUUCUCAUCAUAAAAAAACACAUUUUGAUUCACAGCAUACACAAAUUAUUGAUUGUGUAAUGUUUUCUUGGAGACACUGUCUAACCAGAUGUAUUUAAGCGUAUACCCUCUUCUAAAAUAUGGAGACAACUCUCUUAUUGCGAUACCUACUUCAAAUUAACGGAGUCAGUGCUAAUCCGUGCUAUCCCAAAUUCUACAAGACGGAGUCAGUGCUAAUCCGUGCUAUCCCAACUUCUACAAGACGGAGUCAGUGCUAAUCCGUGCUAUCCCAAAUUCUACUAGAUGGAUUCAGUGCUAAUCCGUGCUAUCCCAACUUCUACAAGACGGAGCCAGUGCUAAUCAGUGCUUUCCCAUUAUUUACAACUGAGCCCCACAUAUUUCUUAUUAAACUUCAGUAUCUUGUUUUCUCCCCAGGCUCUGGUAGGCAAGACAUGUACCAGCAACAGUCAGUGUGACCCGAGCGAAUGUUGUCAGAUCUUGAAUGCCUUCAUGGUUGUGAGCAAACGUCAGGCUCAGGACCUUAGCUUGUUCCAGAACCCAACCAAUGGUGAGUGGUUGGCUCAGAUCCUUAGCUAUUUCGAGAACCUAAACAAGGUUGGGUGGUAGGUUCAGGCCCUUAGCUAAUUUUGGAACCUAAAAGAGAUUGAGUGAUAGGCUCAGGCCCUUUGCUAAUUUGAGAACCUAAAAAGGUUGAGAGGUAGGCUCAGGUCCAUUUCUAAUUCGAGACCCCGACCAAGGUUGAAGGGUAGCGCCCAUGACGUGUUAUUUUAGCGAGAUGAUGGCGCAAAAAUUUAAAUGUUGUCGACUUUGAAUAGUGGAUACUUUUGACAAUAUACUUGGCAGUUCUGACCACAUACUGGACAGUUAAGACCAUGACUUAUAAGUUCUGACCAUUUGGCUAUGACAAAGAAUAUUAUACAUUAGAUACGUCUCCAGCAGCCUACAGUAGUUGUAUGUGUUAUCCCUUGUGCAAUUUAGACACAUUCUUCUUUUCUCUUGGAUGCUAAUACUUUGUCCUCACACAACCUCCUCUCCACGCAACCCCCGCUCUACACAACCUCCUUUUCACACAGCCUCAUCUCUACACAACCCCCUUUUCACACAGCCUUCUCUCCACACAACCUCCUCUUUACACAACCUCCUCUCCACACAACCUCCUCUAUACACAACCUCCUUUUCACACAGCCUCCUCUCUACACAACCUCCUUUUCACACAGCCUCCUCUCUACACAACCUCCUUUUCACACAGCCUCCUCUCUACAUAUCCUCCUUUUCACACAGCCUCCUCUCUACACAACCUCCUCUCCACACAACCUCCUCUUUACACAACCUCCUCUCCACACAACCUCCUCUCUACACAACAUCCUCUCUACACAACCUCCACUUCACACAACCUCCUCCUCAAGCAACCUUCUCUUUACACAACCUUCUCUUCACAUAACCUCAUCUUCACACAAACUUCUCUUAACACCAACUUCUCUUCACACACACUUAUCUUCACACAGCCUCCUCUUCACACAACCUUCCCUUCACACAAUCUCCUCUUUACACAACCUUCUCUCUACACAACCUUUUCUUCACACAACCUCCUCUUCCCACAACCUCCUCCUCACGCAACCUUCUCUCUACACAACCUCCUCUUCACACAACCUUCUCUUUACACAACCUUCUCUUAACACAAACUUCUCUUCACACACACUUCUCUUCACACAUCCUCCUCUUCACACAACCUCUUCCUCACGCAACCCUCUCUUGACACAACCUCAUCUUCACACAACCUCCUCUUCACACAGCCUUCUCUUCACACAACCUUAUCUUCACACAACCUUAUCUUUACACAACCUUCUCUUCACACAACCUUCUCUUCACACAACCUUCUCUUCACCCAACUUUCUUCGACCAAAAUGUUCAGACCAAAUUCUCGUCAACGUUAACUCACGCAGAUGUUCUCAAACUGUGGACGCUUAGCCUCUGACGGUGGCACAAAAGAUAUUCAAGAAUACAUAAAAUGAAUUUUUUUUUUCCCGCAAGGCGUGAUGGUCCCUGUCAAGACCUUGAGAAGUCAUGUACCAACGUUGCCCGUUGAUCAAUACCUGUAUUGCCCAUCGUGGUGUCAAUAUCAUAGCGAAUUUGAUUGAUAGAAAAUGUCUUGACAUUAAGAAUAUUUUAAUUUCUUCCAUCGGUGCACUUGAUUGAACAUCUUUUUGUCUUAAAAUUUGUAUUCAUAAAAGGAGGCCACACAAAGGUUUGAUCGUGAUUGUGAACACACAAAGGUUUGAUCAUGAUUCUGAACACACAAAGGUUUGAUCGUGAUUGUGAACACACAAAGGUUUGAUCGUGAUUGUGAACACACAAAGGUUUGAUCGUGAUUCUGAACACACAAAGGUUUGAUCGUGAUUCUGAAUACUGCUAUCUCGAAAACAGAUCAAGAAGCAUACUAUGGCCUCAGAUAGUUCGUGUCGAAACUUAAUAAAAAAAAAAAAAUGACUAUCAAUCGCUUCUGUGGUUACGUUUAGAGCAGGACCGUAGUUAAAAGCAGUGCGUCGUCCAUUGCAGAGACGACGCGUGUUUUUAGAGGCCCCAAGCCUAUUUUCUAUUCAGCGCCCUCUUCCAUUCAAAGGUAAUUGUUUGUUGUAGUUUUUUACUCCACAAAACAACGUUGGGCCUCUUAAAUAUACAAGACCCCUUACGUGAAGGCUCUGGUCAAUAAUUAACAGUGUGAAUUUUGGUUUAAAGUUUAGACCAAGAAAUUCUAACCUUUUUUAUAAAAGCACCCCCCCCCCCCUUUCCCAAACACCUUUUUUCUCAAUUUUUUUUUUCCCCCCCAAAACAACGUUGGGCCUCUUAAAUAUACAAGACCCCUUACGGGAAGGCUCUGGUCAAUAAUUAACAGUGUGAAUUUUGGUUUAAAGUUUAGACCAAAAAAUUCUAACCUUUUUUAUAAAAGCCCCCCCCCCCCCCUUUUCCAAACACAUUUUUUCUCAAUUUUAAAUCAUUUCCCACACCCACAAGAUGAAAAAUGCUAAUAAAUCUGAUAUUCUGAUUGUUCCCACAGCCUCUGGUUAAGAACCUAUUUUCUGUACCAUUAUUUUAUUACGCAUAUCCUAUUUGCUCUAUUUUAGUGGAUCUUCUAUUUACGUAUGUUCUCGUUGAUCUUCUAUUAACGUCCAUCAAAGAUGAUCUCUCUCGGUAAAAAUAUCAAAGGAAAAAAUAAAACAAUUUUGUAAAAACAAAAAUCAAAAACUUUAAUUUGAAUUUGACUUUUCCCCAGGAACCUGCCAGAAAUAUCGACUAGAGGGAGAGAACUGUGGAACGUUCGAGAAGAUCAACGGCUACUGUAGCUGUGAGCCUGGCACCACGUGUCACAUGUACGAGGUGCCCCUUGCCUCCGCCGUCAACGCAAGGAUGAUUGUGGCCCCGCGACCCGGGUACCAGUGGGUCUCAAAAUGUGAAAAACCAGCGCCAGCAUAAUCGUAACUGAACAUUAUCUGGACGAGCAGCAAGGAGGGGCAGCAAGGAGGAGCAGUAAGGAGGUCAUAUUUUGAUAGGAUGAGCAGUAAAGAGGCCAUAUUUUAAUAGGACGAGCAUUAAAGAGGCCGUAUUUUAAUAGGACGAGCAGUAAAGAGGCCGUAUUUUAAUAGGACGAGCAUUAAAGAGGCCGUAUUUUAAUAGGACGAGCAGUAAAGAUUCCAUGUUUUAAUAGGACCAGCAGCAAAGAGGCCAUAUUUUAAUAGGACGCGCAGUAAAGAAGCCAUAUUUUAAUAGGACGCGCAGCAAAUUUUAAUACAACUGCAAACAUUUAAUUUUCUUCUGGAUGGUUAAUUAGUUUAGUUUGUAAUUAAAAAAAAAAAUAAUAAAAAAAAUAAUGAAUCAAUGAAUG